UAGUCGCGCUCAAACUUUCGCGGUGAAACAUCGUGUCGAACCACUGCUCGGCAGGCCGGUCACGUUGUUGACGAUUUCUUGGAACUGGUAAUGAAUUUUCGUUUUUUGACAUCAGACAUGAAGUAAAAACGCUCGUGUUGGUUUCUAUUCAGUUUUUACGUUUAAGACAAUGGACUUUCAAAGUGCUAUGGAAACUUUUGCUGAGGCUUGGGUUGCUGCUAACACCAAGGGGGCACCCCUAUCUGACAUUGCUACACAGAGCCAAGCUCUAGCUUUAACAAGAAACUGCAAAACACCUCCUCCAACGUCUGCUGCCAGUGUCAACGAGAGAUCAAGUCGGGAGUCGGCUGAAAGGACGCUAACCCCAAACGUAGCCAGGUCGGCCACUCCUUUGGAAAACACGGUGUCUCCUCAGUCAAUCAAGGAAGAUUUUGAUCCAAACAAGACUUCUUCCGCAAAGUCUCUACCAGUCCACUGCAUAGUAGAAGCGAUAUGUUCAUUAGAAGAAAGCCGGACAUUGCAACAUGGAGUCUGGAGAAGGCGCCCAAUGAUCGAAAUAGACACAUACGUCAUAAUUCCCGUAGGAACUCCUUUCCAUAAUCUAGUACAGGCAGCUCUUUUCCGCUUAGGAUACUCCUCAGAAAGUGCAGCUGCAGCCAAAGGCUCGAUACUUAUCAAGAAUUGGAAAGCCCUCAGCUUUGAUCAGAUUUCUGAUGACCCUCUUAUUACAGUUGGGGAUAUAUUGGGGGAACUUUCCACCGUAGCUACACUGAGAAUACAGGUGUUUAGAGGAAGACCUGGGGUUCUCAACGAGAUUAAGGAUAAGCUGCUUAGAUUUUUGCUGCUGCAGUCACACGGAUUGCUGUUAUCUUCUGGAUGCCCUUUGGAUGAGAUUCUUCUAUCUCAACUCUGCCGGAGCACAAACCCGUCAGCAGGCCCUCUUCCAGAGAUCUCGGAAGAAAAUCGUCGCAAGUUUGAUCAGUGGUGGACAACACAAAUAAAUCCCCAGUCACCUGCUGGACGAUCCCAGUUCGUGCCAUCUUACCCUAACCAGUAUUCAGUUCCACCUCAGGCUGCUACACCAAUGGAGCGAGGGUUGCCUGAAACCCACCCAGCAAUGCAAACUGUACACAGUCAAUUUCCAACGCAAAAGACAAGAAUGAGGACGAGUUUUGAUCCAGAGCUAGAGCUUCCAAAAUUGCAAAGAUGGUUUACAGAGAACCAGCAUCCAAGUAGGCAACAAAUUCAGCAAUAUGUUAAGGAAUUGAAUAGCUUGGAGUCCCGUAGGGGUAGGAAACCAUUGGACAUUAAUAAUGUUGUUUACUGGUUUAAAAACGCUAGAGCUGCUCAGAAAAGGGCUGAAAUAAGGAAUGUGUCGACCCCAAAUUUGCAAUGUCACAUGGGUGUGAAUGGAUAUAGCAACCACAGUCCUACCAAUGGCGGAGGGUUUCUGUUGGCUGACAGCUAUCUAAAUUCCGAUAGGCUGGCUGAACACAGGUUGAAAAAUAGCCUGACUAGAAGACAGUUGCAAAAUUCCCACACAUCUGACGAAUUUUCCAACGCCGGGUCCGAUAUGGAAGACGAAGAUAUGAACGAGGUACAACCUUCUAGUCCCACGGGACCCUUGUCGCUCACCACCCGCAAGGAUUCCAGGGAGGCUAGCCCUCGAUCUUCUACCCCUCCACCCCCACCGGACAUACAAAUUGAAAAUUGCAAAGAAGAGCCGAAAGACGAGCCCACAUUUAACCAACCUGGAGACCACAUCAACCCCAAAACGUCUCUGUCGGACGGAGAAGACGAAGAGAUCGAAUCGUCGCCAUCGCCCGCAGGAAAUCGGCCGUUGAUGCAGAGAUACUGUUCCCCGCCGCCGGACGUGGAUAAUCAGCUUAUACCCCGAACCCCAGACGGUUUGGAUAGAUUAGCCGCCGGAUUCCCGGUCCUCCCGAACUCCAUGUUUAGCCAUAGUAUUAUGUAUAUGAGUCAUUAUAUGCCGGGAUUAUCCCACCCGGCCACCACCCCUCCCAGCUCGUCCCUCGCCAUGGCCAGUUUAACUGCUGACGAACGAAGGAAGAGGAAUCGCACGUUUAUAGAUCCUGUUACCGAAGUUCCAAGGUUAGAACAGUGGUUUGCACUCAAUACACACCCCUCACACAAUUUGAUUCUUAAAUAUACCGAGGAAUUAAAUUGUAUGGCCUAUCGACAGAAAUUUCCUAGGUUAGAGCCAAAAAACGUUCAAUUCUGGUUUAAAAAUAGAAGGGCUAAGUGUAAGAGGCUCAAAAUGUCGUUGUUUGAUAGUCAAACUGGUACUUACCACCAUAAUGAUCGUGAUUAAAUGUAUUUUAAAAUAGUUAUAAUAAGCAUAUUGACUUAACUAAGCUGUUUCAAGAUUUUCUUUCAACAGAAACAUCCAUAGUGCCAUAUAUAAGUAUAUACAGGGUGUUUCAUUAAGAAUGUCCAAUUUGUGAGUUGUAGAUUCUAGACCUCAAAAUAUUAAGAUUUAACUCAAAUCACUAAAUAAAAUGUGGCUUCUUACAUGGUGUUUUAUUUAAAAAUUUAAUAAAUAUUUUUUCUCAGUAUUCUCAAACAAUUCGACGUAUCCUUUUCAUACUUGGCAGAAAGUGUAGGUACUAUUCACACUAUGAAAUUAUGUUAAACAAAUGUUUCUGGCUAUUACUAGAGGUGUAGACAUGGGACAGUGAAUGGUUGACCCUUCCCAAAUUCUACGCCACUGACGGAAUUGCCAUUUUAGCGUAAUUUUUAGAUUCUUCAAUACCCUCUAUGUAAAUAAUAUGAAGAGUGGAGAUAUAUAACGGGCCAAGUGACAAAAAUACAGAAUCGAGAAAAAUGAGUUUUUAUCAGGAAACGGAACACUAUACUUAACGCCACUGACGGAAUUGCCAUUUUAGCGUAAUUUUUAGAUUCUUCAAUACCCUCUAUGUAAAUAAUAUGAAGAGUGGAGAUAUAUAACGGGCCAAGUGACAAAAAUACAGAAUCGAGAAAAAUGAGUUUUUAUCAGGAAACGGAACACUAUACUUAACGGCGGACGCUAUCUGUUGAAUUUAUUAUUUAGAGCUGUUUCUAAUGCAACUUUCACUCGUCCCAUAAUACAGGUUAACGGCAUUGUUACAUAGACCAGUAUAAUGAAAAAAAAAAGAAAUAUUGAUUUUUUGUCACUUGGCCCGUUAUUAUAUCUCCACUCUUCAUAUACUCUCCACUUGAAACGAUAAAGUCAUUAGUUUUUGAGAUAUUUGAAGUUAAACAUGUAACGGCACAGAUAUUUUGAUUAAUGUAUUGCGCCGCUUAAUUGUUAAUUUCAAAUGUCUCGAAAGCCAAUAAUGUUAUCCUUAUGAAUGAAUAAAAUUCUAUUCAGUCUUAACGAUAAAAUCAUUAGUUUUCGAGAUAUUUGAAGUUUAAAAUUAAGCGGCAAAAUACAUUAAUAUAGAUGUAUGUGCCGUUACAUGUUUAACUUCAAAUAUCUCGUAAACUAAUGACUUUCUCGUUGCUAGUGAAGAGUAUGUUAUUUACAUAGAGAGUAUUAGAGAAUCUAAAAAUUGCGCUAAAAUGGCAAUUCAGUCAGUGGCA